CUUCAGUUAGGGAGUCAGUCUCCCCUUAGAAAGAGAGAGAGAGAGUGUGUUGAGAGAGAGAGAGAGAGAGAGAGAGAGAGCUGCCCCUCAUGUUUUGAAGUUGCUGUAGCUCUAACUUCUAAGCUCUAUUUGCUGUUGUUUCUUGUUUGCAUUUGCAGGGUAAAAGACAACAAAAUGGUCUUCUUUGCUUUUGGGGAUUUUUGAUAUAUAUAUAUAUAUAUAUAUAUAUAUUGGAUCAGAUAUGAAAUUGUAUCUUAUAGAGAUUCGAUCUGUGUAUCUGAGGCAAAUUCAACGUUGAAUUUGAUUCUGGGUGUGGCCAGAAAUUUGUGUUUGAAACUGACUUCGCAAGAUGGACCAAGCCGUUGAACAGUCUGCAAAUGUACAGCGGAACUUUCGAGUUCAAGCCCCGCUGGUUGAUUCUGUAUCAUGCUAUUGCAAAGUAGACUCGGGCCUAAAAACAGUUGCUGGGGCCAGGAAAUUUGUUCCAGGAUCAAAAAUUUGCAUCCAGCCUGAUAUCAAUCCUCGUGCGCACAAGAGUAAGAACUCCCGAAGAGAGAGGACUAGAUAUCAGCCACCCCUUCUGCCUGGUCUUCCUGAUGAUCUUGCCAUUGCUUGUCUAAUCCGAGUCCCUCGUGUCGAACAUAAUAAGCUUCGUCUAGUUUGCAAGAGAUGGUAUCGCCUUCUGGCUGGAAACUUCUUUUAUUCUCUUAGGAGGAGUCUUGGAAUGGCAGAAGAGUGGGUUUACGUCAUCAAAAGAGACCGCGAUGGAAGAAUUUCAUGGCAUGCUUUUGAUCCCACCUACCAGCUCUGGCAGCCACUUCCUCCUGUUCCUGGAGAAUAUAGUGCAGCCCUCGGAUUUGGAUGUGCUGUUCUGAGUGGUUGCCACCUCUACUUAUUUGGAGGAAAAGAUCCACUGAAGGGGUCUAUGAGGCGGGUCAUUUUCUACAGUGCUCGGACAAAUAAAUGGCACAGGGCACCAGACAUGCUUCGGAAACGUCAUUUCUUUGGUUCUUGUGUCAUAAAUAAUUGCCUUUAUGUGGCUGGUGGAGAAUGUGAAGGAAUCCAGAGAACUCUCCGUUCAGCUGAAGUUUAUGACCCCAACAAGAAUCGUUGGAGUUUUAUAGCAGAUAUGAGCACAGCUAUGGUGCCCUUUAUUGGGGUAGUUUAUAAUGGUAAGUGGUUCCUAAAAGGACUUGGGUCCCACCGAGAGGUCCUGAGCGAAGCCUAUAGCCCUGAAACAAAUGCCUGGGCACCAAUCAGUGAUGGGAUGAUUGCUGGUUGGCGCAAUCCGAGCAUCUCUAUGGAUGGAAAGCUCUAUGCAUUGGAUUGCCGUGAUGGGUGCAAGCUUAGGGUCUAUGAUGAAGCUACAAAUUCGUGGAACAGAUUUAUAGAUAGCAAAUUCCAUUUAGGGAGCUCUCGUGCUCUGGAGGCUGCUGCUCUUGUUCCCCUUAAUGGGAAGCUUUGCAUCAUCCGUAACAACAUGAGCAUUAGUCUGGUUGAUGUCUCGAGUCCUGAUAAGCAAGUGGAGAGUAACCCUCACCUUUGGGAAAAUAUUGCCGGGAGAGGUCACUUCAGAACUAUUUUCACAAAUUUAUGGUCAAGCAUAGCUGGCCGAAGUAGAUUGAAAAGUCACAUUGUACAUUGUCAGGUGCUUCAAGCAUGAGAACUGGCAGCUAUGCUUAUGCAACAAAUUGCUUCAUCAUCUUCAUUCUGUCAGGCAGUAUCAUUACAUUCUGAAAGCUACAUCAGUUGCAGUUCAUAAGCAUUAUGUUUCUGCACUUCUGGACCAAACAAUUGCAUUUAUUCUCUUCUGAUUUUUCGAUCCUUGUAUAUCUCGUGGUGAUGAAUCAACAUUGAUCUGCUGCAGGAGUGCAGUAUAGUUCUCAGUUUCUCCCAUUACAAAAGGUUUUGCCGAUGAUGAGAGACUUGAAGAAAUUGAAAGUGGAAAGAAAUUGUGGGUGUCUAAAAAAUCAACGCGAAAGAUGAAAAACUCCGGUGAAACUCUCCAUUGGCAGCCCCUUGUAUGAAGUUUGAUCCGGGAACUGAAGUCAUUUUCUUAGUUCAGAUAUCAAACAUGCAUAUAAGGUGAGGGUGAUUUACUGUUGUUUUUGGCACAAGAAUUGCAAGGCCAUUUCUUUGCAUUCAUGAAGAGAGAUAGAGAUCAGAUAGCUUUUUGAACUUGUAAAUCUUUGUCAUUUGGAUGUAGGGUGUGUGUGUGUGUGUCCUUGCUUGUGGGAUCUUAAUCUUGUAGUAUGUAGUUUUGGAGGUGUUCUGUGAAUAUACAUGAUGGGUUAUCAAAUAUAAUGCUACUUCUAAUCAAAUAAUGACUUUUCUUAUUUUAUUA